GUUUCCAAAGGUCGCACCAUUUUGUAUGUUCUUCUUUUGUCUGAAUAAUGUUGGGUGAUUGUGUGCGAUUACUUGGUGCCAAUAAAUCUUUACAUAGUUUUUAGCCCAGCCAAAUUUUUAUAAAAAUCAUGAGCAAAAGCUCUGGUUAAAAAUCUGUAGUUCACUUGAAAUUAUUAAAGGGAUGCAUUGAUACACCAGACUUUUUUUUACAUUUACUGCACGUUUGUCAUUGUCUUGAUGUACUAGAGAAAGCUGGCAUGUGUGUCACAUUUCUGUGAGUAAUCAAAAGUUUGUUUCACAAAAAUGUGGUAUCCUGUCUUGAUGUCUUUCUCUCAACAUAAUACAAAUGUAUGCUUCUGCAAGUUGUAAGCCGGCACAGCUUUUGUCCUAAAAGUUGUUGAUUCACUUCAGCAGUUAGUGUUUUAAGAACAGGAUGUCAUAGUGGGUUCAAAUCAUUUUGAUUUAAUUUAUCCUAAUGAUGAUCAGAUCACAUAUUGAGUAUCAUCAGGGCAGCUUAGCCACUAUUUUUUUCCAUAUCAAUCUCUUUUAAAGUGUACCUUAAAAAUUUUCCAUGACUAAUCUCCAAUGCUAUUCAGAAACUGGUAAGUAGUUUUGAUUUACUAAAGCAGUUAAACUGUUAGUUGAAAACACAAAAAUAUAUGCACUUCUAUUCUGAGAAGAUUCUCCUUCAGCUCUGAGUGUCAGUUAAUAGAGCUCUGGUUAUUUUACAGAAAUGCUCAUAGGAUUGGACAGGAGCUUGAAGGCUAACAGCAAGGAACUGUGCACUCUGGGAACUCAGAUGUAGAUUUUCUUUCUAUUUACUCUUUGCUUUUCAUAUUUGUAUAAUGCAUAAUUUUCCCAUUAACGUUGAAGUAGCGUAGACUUUUAACAAACCUCAGAUAAUGCAAAGUAUUUACUUGAAAUAAAAUUGUUUCAUGUUGGUUUUCCUAGUUGUGUUGAUAGUUUGAUUCUCCUAAAAUUCUGAAAAUGUCAAUUUUUCGAAAUUUGCAGCUUCCCAAACUCCGUAUUGGUGGUAAAGAAUUGACCAGGAAAAAUAAAGAAAUCUGUUAACAGGCCAUGGAUGCACGAGUGGUGAAGGAUAUGACAACAGGGAAAUCAAAGGGGUAUGGAUUUGUGUCCUUCUAUAACAAACUGGAUGCUGAGAAUGCUAUGGGACACAUGGGUGGUCAGUGGCUUGGUGGACGACAGAUCCGGACUAACUGGGCAACACGGAAACCACCCGCACCCAAGAGUGUGCAAGACAAUAACUCUAAGCAGCUAAGGUUUGAUGAGGUGGUGAACCAAUCGAGUCCUCAGAACUGCACUGUGUACUGUGGAGGCAUUCAGUCAGGUCUCUCAGAACAUGUUAUGCGACAGACAUUUUCUCCAUUUGGACAGAUAAUGGAGAUUAGAGUUUUUCCUGAGAAGGGGUAUUCUUUUAUCAGGUUCUCCUCUCAUGAAAGUGCUGCCCAUGCUAUUGUGUCAGUGAAUGGGACCACCAUCGAGGGUCAUGUUGUUAAGUGCUAUUGGGGCAAAGAAUCACCUGACAUGGCCAAAAAUGUCCAACCGAUGGAAUAUGGUCAGUGGGGACACUGGAAUCAAAUGUAUGGUAAUCCUCAACAGUAUGGUCAGUACAUGACAAAUGGCUGGCAGGUACCAUCCUAUGGCGUGUACGGGCAAACGUGGAAUCAACAAGGAUUUGGUGUAGAACAGUCACAAUCCCCUGCCUGGGUGGGAGGAUUUGGGACACAACCCUCUCAGGCUCAGCCCGGCCAAGUGAUGAACCAAGCAAAUUUUGGCAUGGCUGGCUACCAGACACAGUGAUCUAGCCCUCAUUUUUCAUAACACACCUCUCACACUUUAUCUUUAACCCUCGCUGUGAGAGCAGGUUCUAGAGACUUAUGGGAGCACAUCAUCUUUUUCCCUACAAGCAUCGGAUGUAAAUCAGGAUUCACUUUAAUGUAAAGACACCCAUUUAGAUUAGAGACAAUUGAAAUGACCACCUUUAAUGGAAAUCUGAAUUCCUGUUUUAAUGGAAUUGGACAAGAUGUUGUAUUGCAUCCCAUCCCUUUUUACUGCAUAUCUUGAGAACUGCAGUUUUUCCUCCUAAACCCAGAUUCACAAACCUCAUUGGUGGAAAGCAUAUGGUGUAAAUUAUCUGAAUAUGUGGUUGAGGGUUUUUUUUUUUUUUGAACAAAGUAAUUUCUUUCCCCUUGCGAAGUAGAUCAUUUGCUAGUUUAAGGUAUGGACUAUGAAUUUUGUAUAAAACAACAAAAAACCUAAACAUUCUGACUCGGCAAACAAAUGUAAGUAAAGGCACUUUUUUGGGGGUUCAUUGAACCUGUGUCUUGUAAAUGUUGACAUGUAAAUGAAUUUCUAUGUGCAGUGGUGUAUAUUUAAUCCACAUUAGCUCUCCAUUCUCCUUCAAAUUCUAGAGCUCUUUGAUACUGUGUGUAUAUCUAUCUUUUUACUUCAAUUUGCAAACGCAGUGAAACAUCUCCCAUUCACAAUGGAAAAAGAGUCUUGAUGGCCAAAUCUGUUAAUAUCUUUUGAUAACGUGGCCUAGAGUAAGGGUUUCAAGCAUGCAUUCUGUCUCACAGGAUGUGCAGAACAAAUGCAGCUUAUGUUAGACGCUUAAAGUGUGGUUGACAUGCUUAACAGAUUCAGUGAAAUUACAAGCAAGCCUUAAUCUUCAGUCAGUCACACAAAUUUCAGUUGAACAAUUUGAGACCCUAAUAGAGAGCUGUAUUUUAGAGCCUACUGUAAAUUUCGUCUUUUUGCUGUUUUAACAUAUGCGUGCCAUUUUUGAGUAGCCAGAGAAAAAGGUUUGAUUUUUUUUCUGCUGGGAGCAGUAAGGAAUUGCAUGUUUCAAACAAUAAUAUUGAGGUUGCUCAACGUAUUGAAUGUAAAAGGCAGAAACGUUUGAAUACAAUUUAGCAGUUUUCUUUUUAGUCUGAAUGAGUCAAUAAAUGAAACAUUGGAAAAUUA